UAUUUUUGUAGUUUGGGCUGCGUGGUCGGCGAGUUUGCCUCUGGUACCACCGGGACCCUGACACCGGACGGGACAGGACCGCCCUGUUGUCUUACCGAUCUCGGUGGCUGUCAGUUUGUACGUGAAAGAACCGGGGAUAUCACACUCACUCACUCACGCCGAGGUGACGUCUACUGCGCCGCGUACGGUUUCUAUGGUUGUUCCUGCGAGAGAGAGCGAGAGAAACAGAUUGUGCCGUUGGUGCUCCACACUGCUCGGCCGGAGUGAGUGAGUAGUAAAAUGUGAGUUCGGAAAUGUUCGCCAGGGGUGGAUGAGAGGGGAGGGAAAGGGGGAGGCACCUGCGAGACGGAGCAGGUCAGCCUACUAGCGGUGUCAAGUUUUCGUUAACCACGACACUUUCAGACACAUUUGUCAAGCCGAGGAGUCUUCUUCUUCUUCUUCUUCUUCUUCUUCAUCGGAUCAGCUCCAGCCACCACAUUAUGACCCAGUGUUGUUGUCACGGACUUUAACGUGUGAGGUGAGCAGUGACUGCCCCCUCCCCUUCUUUGACUCUCCUCCGUGCACCUGCAUGCACCGUCGGCAGCCCCGGCCCGUCGGAGAGACGCCGUGCUCAGAGACUGUGCUGCAUUAGGAGAACCCAUGGCUUCUGGCCCUCCGUGUCCCUCUGUAGGCCGCAGGCUCCGGCUGCUGGAGUUGCUACUCGGGCCUCUGCUGGUCUUGCUGGUUUCUGGGCUGGAACCAGCACUGGGUCAGAAGGUCUACACCAACACAUGGGCUGUCCACAUACCUGGAGGUCAGGAGGAAGCUCAGCAAAUUGCCAGUAAACAUGGGUUCAUCAAUCACGGACAUGUAUUUGGUGAUUAUUAUCACUUCCGGCAUCGUACGGUGGUGAAGAGAUCGCUGUCGGAUCACAGGGGGACACAAGUCCGUCUUCAAAAAGAUCCCAAGGUGACUUGGGCCGAGCAACAAGUGUCGAAACGAAGGAAAAAGAGGGAUGUCUUCGAAGAACCGAUGGAUCCCAAGUUCAGAGACCAGUGGUACCUGUACAACAGCAACCACCGUGACUUGAAUGCAAAGUCUGCGUGGCAGUUGGGCUACACGGGUAAAGGGGUGGUGGUGUCCAUCCUGGAUGAUGGAAUAGAGAAGAACCAUCCUGACUUGAUGCAGAACUACGACCCGGAUGCCAGUUACGAUGUGAACGAUGGCGACCCAGAUCCUCAGCCUCGAUACACGCAGCUUAAUGACAACAGACAUGGGACAAGAUGUGCAGGAGAAGUGGCAGCAGUAGCCAACAACGGGAUCUGUGGAGUCGGUGUGGCCUACAAUGCCAAGAUUGGAGGUGUUCGUAUGCUGGAUGGCGAGGUGACUGACAUGGUGGAGGCCCAGUCCCUCAGUCUGAAUCCCCAACAUAUUGACGUCUACAGCGCCAGCUGGGGCCCAGAGGAUGACGGCAAAACUGUCGACGGACCUGCCAAACUCGCCAAAGAAGCCUUUCUGCGUGGAGUGACAGAGGGUCGCAGUGGUCUGGGCUCCAUCUUUGUGUGGGCUUCUGGGAACGGAGGGAGGGAGAAGGACAGCUGUAACUGCGACGGCUACACCAACAGCAUCUACACCCUGUCCAUUAGCAGCUCCACCCAGAAUGGCAACGUGCCCUGGUACAGCGAGGCUUGCUCCUCCACCCUCGCCACCACUUACAGCUCGGGGAACCUCAACGAGAAACAGAUAGUGACUACAGACCUCAAAUCAAAAUGCACAGACUCCCACACAGGCACAUCUGCCUCCGCCCCGCUGGCUGCUGGGAUCAUCGCUCUUGCCCUUGAGGCCAAUAAAAAUCUGACCUGGAGGGAUAUGCAACAUCUGGUUGUACGAACUUCUCACCCUGCCCACCUGCUCACCAACGACUGGAGAACAAAUGGGGUUGGGCGCAAAGUUAGCCAUUCAUAUGGAUAUGGUCUACUUGAUGCCAGUGCAAUUGUAGCGCUGGCAGAAACAUGGACCAGUGUGAGGCCACAGCGGAAAUGUGUGAUCACCAUGGUCAGUGAGCCAAGGAACAUUGGCAGCCAUUUGUCGAUCAACAUGAGCGUGGACGCCUGCAUCGGGACAGACAGUCGCGUGACGUCGUUGGAGCACGUUCAGGCCCGGCUCACUCUGUCCUACAACCGCAGGGGGAACCUGGCGAUCCACCUCAUUAGUCCUGCCGGCACACGCUCCACUCUGCUCCACCCCAGGCCUCAUGACUACUCAUCAGAGGGUUUUAACGACUGGGCUUUCAUGACCACCCACUCCUGGGAUGAAAUCCCCACCGGGGCGUGGAUGCUGGAGAUCGAGAACGUGGCUGGUGCCAGUGACUACGGCACUUUGACCCAGUUCAUCCUGGUUCUGUAUGGCACCGGCUCAGCAUCUUCAAGCUCCUCUGACGAAGCUCAGCCUGACGAUGGCAACUGCAAGACCUUGGACCUGAGGCAGAUAUGCAUCGAGUGCGACGCCGGCUACUACCUCUUUCAGCAGGGCUGUGUGAAAGAAUGUCCACCAGGCUUCUCAGUGGGCUCCCAGCUCCUCAACUACACAGUGGGAAACUUUAUAACACCGACCUCCAUCCCAGCCUGCCUGCCCUGCCCACCGCCCUGCCUGACCUGCAGCAGCCUCAGCCCCCGGGCCUGCCUGUCCUGCCUCCCUCACAGCUCCCUGGACCCCAUCUCCGGCACCUGCCUGCACCUCAACCAGUACAUGCGCGAGUCCCCUGACAGCUUCAUGGUGGGCCAGGGGAACACGGGGAUGCAGCUCCAGCUCAGCUCCGGGCUGCCUAUCACCGUCGCCGUGCUCAGCUGCAUGGCCAUCAUCGCCACCUUUGCUGGCACCUUCCUGGUGCUGCAGCUGCGCUCCGGCGCUCUCAUCAAGCUGCCCUCUCUGGAGGCCGGCGGCGGCCUCGGGGGCAGUUUCAGCCUCGGGGGAAAUAGGGUGGUCUCGUACCGCGGCAUCCCGACAGUGUGGGGGGACGAUGGGGUAAAUACAGACUCUGAUAACGAAGAGUUUGCCGUCCAAAAUGAGAGGACUGCCUUUAUCAAAACACAAAGUGCUCUUUAAUGCCUCCCCCACAUCCCCCCCCCUCUCUCCUGCUUUUAAAGUCUUCGCACCCUCAUUUGUCUGAUGAUUCGGAGCUGUGGUAACAACCCUCAUGCUGUCUUUUUCUGGUUUUAUCUGUCGUCCCUUCUUCCCCGUCUCUUACUGGGUUCUCCUCUGAGGAUCUGCUGUGGGAGACCUGAAGCCGCUGUCUCUCAGAGCUCGGGAUGGUCUGAGCUUUGCUCUGUUCAUACUUGAGCACUUCUCUCUAUUAAACUGGCUCUCUCCCUCCUCUUGCCCUCGAUAACUAACAGUGUCCGUCUGUGCUGUGUCCAUUUUCCCCUCCAGUUCCUCUUUGUUCCAGUAAACAAUUGAUUAUUAUUUGCUUCAUUCCUUUUGUUUCUCCCUUCCCAUCAGUUUCCGUGCAGUAGCCAGACGAGAUUGUAGUAUGUGAGGAGUAGAGAUGUGUGUAUGCGUCUGAAUGUGUGCGUGUAAAUCUGAUGGGCCGUGUACUGCCCUUUAUAGAGAAGCUAAAGCUGGUCCUGUCACAUUUAGUACUCAAAAGUGACUGCAAAACAUUGUAUUACGAGGCAUGAAAUCGGAUUUGGAAGCAUUGAUUCUCCCUGAAGUGUCGUUUAGUGACAUCAACGUCCAAAAUCUGUUCAUAAAAGCACCACUUAUCUGUAGCGAUGCACAGUGCGUUUAAAACGUGCACAAAUCAAAAGUAUAAUAGUUGUUAAGGAAAUGUCCAGAGUUUAAUAGUUUACGAUCACAUGUCAGAUAAACAACACAGACUGUCUGAGAGCCUCUCUGCUUGUUUCUGUUCAUGAUGAGAUAAACAAAAAUCCAUCUUCCACACAGUCUUCUUUUUUUCUUUUUUUUUUAUCUGUGUAGUUGUUGUUCUAGGUGGGGGAGGUGGGGGGGCUCUUAUUGUACAGCAAGUCUGGAAACGUCUCUCUCAGCUCUGGCAGAACAAACUGAGUCGCACAACUAACAAAGCUUCUUCCAGACUUUUGGGAUUCAAGAUGGACUCAAUUUAUCUCGGUUUGGAAACUUUAAAUGAUCCUGCGCUCAUCUUCUCCCCAACCGUCACAUGGAAGGGUAUCAAAAAAGUACGAAAAUUGAAAAGAAGAAACUAAAAAACAACAUAUAUACACACACACACACACACACACACAGGCUACUCACUCAAACCUUCCAGGGGCAUUUAAUUUCCGUGUUUGAUGUGCUCGCAUCCCAGGGCUGAGAGAGACGCAGCCGACGUGCUGAUGGGACCCAGAACAAUACGUGACUGUUGAGCACAAGAGCUUCUCAAAAGCAGCUGGCAGGUGUUGAGUUACCUGUGAUUGAUUCCUUGACAGAGCAGACAGUUAACAAUACAUCAAGGCCUUCCCUUUUGUCAGAGCACAUUAGCACUACAAACGUACAUCAGAUACACCUCAUAUCAUAAUAACUGAAACGUUGUUAACGUGUGUGUCGGUGGGUGUGUGAGAGUUGGUUUACUGCUCAUGAAAAAUGUCUCUCUGCCCUCUGAAGUGACCGUUUCCUUUCCUCCUUUGCGUCAUAGUCUCUGCUCUCCUCUCCAAUCUUGAAUGUUGUUUAGAAAUCCUACUUGGAGACUCCACUUCUCAUCGGUGUCUCUGCUCUUACCCUCCAGUCUUCAUCUAAUCAGAAUGUCAGAUUAUCUCUUCAGCGUACUUCAGCCAGUUAAUGAUAUUCUGAAUGAUACUGCAGCACCUAUUUAUUCUGAGAGGUUUUAAUCAUACCUUUAGGGAAGAUUGUUUUAAAGUGAUUCUUUUUCUGGCUGCUUAUCAUCUAAAAUUUGCAUCUCAUGAUUUAAUGCAGUGUCGCCAUUUUGAAUCCAUUGAUCCUCUUUUUCUACUAUGUUGAAAUUGUGAUUUAUUUUUUUCUCAUUUCCAGUACAAAAACAGUGGAACUGGCUGAGAGAGGUUGUCCUUUUGAUGACAUGCAUACAAAGCUGCCGCUGCUCAUCCUUUUCUUUCAAAUCUACCUCUCGUAUCAUUCAGCAAGGCUUCGUACGCCGCUCGAGGAGCUCUGUUAAGUGAUUAUAGAGGUCAAAUUAUAUGUAGGUCAGAUAGGACAACGCUUGCUGGGAAGGAUUCAGGAGGAUAGGCAUGUUAGUCACAUUUAUGUUUUAGAAGAGAGACAAGCAAUUGUGAUUCAGAAACUGUAAACCUGCUGUGUAAACACCAUCUCUCUCAAAAUGUAUGGCCUUUAGGUUCAGCCCCACCUGGGCUUUAAAUAGAAUGGGUAGAAGGAUGUCCAAAGAGCUUGUGGGCCAGCGUUUAACAGCUAAAUCAACAUGAAAUUGUUACGGCCUUUUUUACCCCGGGCAGCUCCAUCAGGACCUUUUUGUUCAUAAGUUUGUCGCUGACAAUCAAAUCAUUUCCUUGUUUUGAGGGCAGGAAGGUGCACAAGCACACAAAACUUAUCAAUUUUAAUUCAACCACUUUUGUUGCAAAAGCUUUCUCUGAGGGUAUUAUUCAUAAAUAUUCACAGCUGAAUGUGAUUUGAAUUGCAAAAGCUUGUUCAGAGAGAGAGAGAGAGAGAGAUGAGAAUAAAGGGUUUCCAAACCAUUACCAUCCAACAUCCUGUUCAAAAAGAUGGAGAAGAUUGGUAUGUAUGCUCUCAAACACGGCACUGAGCCAGGAAGCUUAAUUCAUCUCAGAUGGCUCGUGCAGGUGUAGCACAUUUGGCUUAUCGCCACAGUUUCAGCCAGGAAGCACUAAACGGGAUUGGAAACCAACCCGAGAACGCGUAUUUAGACAAAGUGCCCUCAAAAAGAACAAGGGUGUGGCUGCAGAAUAAUGAGCGUGCGCUGCAUAGCUUUGUGUCACGUACAUUAGUGCCGACUGCCAUUUAGGCUUCCAUUAAGUUUGCUAGGAUGCUAAUUUAGAAAUGUAAUAACUACAGCCUCAGACUUGAGCCACGAAAUCCUGUUGACUUCCCAGCUUGGUGUGAAGUGUGUAAACAACAGAUAAUGGGGCUAAUGCGGCACCAAAAUUGCUUCCAUAAACUAUUUAGUUAAACUCUGGAUGCUAAAAGUUUGCUUCUUUAGAAGAACUGUAGUGUUAGACUUUUACCAAUGCAAUUAGUAUUGAUGCACAGUCUUAACAUUAUCCAUGCUACAGCUCCCCUUUCAAAAGAUUUAUAUUGCUUCCAGAAAGAAUAGAGUUUCUCCUGAAGUGCAACAUUCUGGAGUGUUCAGACAGGUUUCUGUGGCCCCUCGAGUGCGCACACAAAAUGAUUAAUGCAUCUUAGCUCGAUCUUCUAUUUGCUACAGCUUGAAAACUGAGAGAACUUUAAACUGAUGAACCCGGAGCUUUGAGCAUUCAAGUGUUCCAACUUUUAAGAAAAUCCUGAAUGCGGGCAGCAUUAAGGAGCUCGUGCUUCCAGAGCACGGGGAGCUGCUGUACACCAUUAGCAGCCAGCUCACUCCUUUCACUGCAAGAAUGUGAUGGAAACUACACAUUAAAAAAAGAAAAGAAAAGGCUCUCUAAUUGUGCCAGUGAGCAGCUCAUCAUCGUAAGGCUGCCACUUCACCGGCACUAAAGUGUGAAGCCUUCUAAUGUGGAAAGUAACAGAAAUGUUACAAAAUAUCUCCUGUGGCUGUAAAGAAAAGACUCGCUGGUGGACGUGAUGGAGGCUUUUUUCUUCGUACAGCCGAUUUAUUUCACGUGGAGCUCGAUGUUGCUUUAGUCCCUCCUUUUAGGAUGUAGUCGGACGUGAUCAGUAUGAAGACGGAUGGAUUUAAUAGGAGCAAUAUCUUUGGCAUAACCAAAGACAAUCAUUUUAAUGCUGUCUGUUUAGUGUUAUGACGUGUUGCCACAGUCCAUUGACCCCGUUCACUCACGUUCAAAGUGCUUUGUUGACAUCAUUCUGUCAGCUCGGCUUUUUUUUUUUUUUUUUUUUGACACCCUGUAUGUUCAACAGCUGUGAAGGGAGGAGGUAGAAUGUAUCCCAUCUCCACUAAUUUAAGGGCUCAAUCAGAUCUGUGUGCGUGCACAUGCUUGUUUAAGUAUAAAUGAAACACUUGGUGGGGGGGAGGGGGGUUGUUUAGUGGAGCAGCCUCGGACGGCUCUGUUGACCACCUCCUGCCUCUUCGUGAGGUUCCUGGCUGCACACAGUAC